AUGUCUUGCUCAGACAUUUCAUUUGCAGUUGGGCAAGUAUCCAGAUUUUGUGCAAACUACCUGCGCGCUCACUGGAACACCGUAGAAGAGAAGAAAAUAUUCGCCUAUCUAAAGGGUAAACAGGACUUGGCACUCUGCUAUGGAAAGAAAGAACCGUCGCCCAUUAUCGGCUAUUGUGAUACAGAUUACGGCGGUGAUGUGGACGACUAUCGAUUGACGACGGGUUACAUCUUUUUUUGCAAGGGCGGGUCCGUAUCGUGGGCAAGCAGAAAACAACCUAUUACGGCACAGUUAACUGCAGAAUCCGAAUAUCUAUCAGCCAACGAAGCAACCAAAGAGGCCUCCUGGUUCACACAAGUAAUAGUGGUUAUAGCGGGAAAAGAAAUCACUCCUAUUACCAUCAAAUGUGACGACGAUGCAGCUAUAGCCUCAUCGCAACGUCCAAAAUCACACGGGCGACUAAAAAAUAUCCUGGUUAAGACGAAUUUAAUUCGUGAACAUGUAAAGACUGAAAGGGUGAAACUUGAGUUUGUUCCUUCAACUGACCAACUGGUGGAAAUUUUCACCAAGCCAUUAAAAGAACCAGAUUUCAAAAAGAUGAGAGAAUGGACCGGACUUAAACUCUAG